CAUCCAUUUGUCCAAAUCCCAAAUCUGACCAGAGAAAAGUCUUCAUCGCUUUGCAGCACAGCCACACCACCGCACACAGAUCUCCGCCGCUACCAAUGGCGAUUUCUCAAACCCCUAUCGGCGGCGGCGCCGCCCUCCUCCUCCUCCCUAUCAGCCUCCUCCUCUUGCUCACAACCCUCGCCGCCUCCCUCUCCUCCGACUCCGUCGUCUCCGAACUCUCCAACCUCCAAUCACAGUCACCCACCGGCGUCAUCCACCUCAACGACGCCCUCCUCCGCCGCAUCCUCUCCCUCCCCACCCCCCGCCCGUUCCACUCCAUGAUCUUCUUCGACGCCACUCAGCUCCACUCCAAAGCGGAGCUCGCCCUCCCCAAACUCAAAUCCGAAUUCGCCCUAGUCGCCUCCUCUUUCCAAAUCAACAACCCUAACCCUAAUCGAAACCCCCAACUCUUCUUCUUCAACAUCGAAUUCCAGGAAUCACAGGCCUCCUUCGGCCUCUUCGCCGUCAACGCCCUCCCCCACAUCCGCCUAAUCCCACCCACCGCCGCCGAUGUCAAAACCGAUUCAAUCCAAAUGGACGCCUCCGAUUUCUCCCGAUUGGCCGAAUCAAUGGCCGAGUUCAUCGAAUCGAGGACCAAGCUCUCAGUGGGCCCCAUCAAUCGCCCCCCCGCCGUUUCCAGAAAGCAGAUCCUUUUCCUACUCGCGGUAGUGCUGAUCUGGACUCCGUUCUUCAUCAAAAAAUUACUCACCGGAAAAACCAUCUUCCACGAGAAGAACCUGUGGAUGGCUGGGGCAAUCUUCAUCUACUUCUUCAGUGUUUCCGGUGCGAUGUUCAACAUAAUCAGGAAAAUGCCCAUGUUCAUGGCGGACAGGCAAGAUCCGAGUAAAUUGGUGUUCUUCUACCAGGGCUCGGGAAUGCAAUUGGGCGCAGAGGGGUUCUCGAUCGGUUUCUUGUACACCAUUGUUGGGCUAAUGCUAGCUUUCGUAACCCACGUGCUCGUGAGAGUGAAGAACAGAAACGUGCAGCGAGUUUUGAUGAUUUCGAUGCUGAUUGUGUCUUUUUGGGCUGUCAAGAAAGUCGUUUUCUUGGAUAACUGGAAAACGGGCUACGGUAUUCAUGGAUACUGGCCUUCGAGCUGGUGAUCGUGUAUGAAGAUGCUCUGUUUCUGCCUUUUAGGUGAGACUUAUUUUGAUCCAGCUUAAUUUGUAGUAUGCACUCAACAAAUAUAGCUCUUAGCCAUAACUUGAGCUUUUUUCUUUUUUACUUCAAUGGAUAUUUCUCUCUCUUUUUCGCGAGACUUACUUAUAUGCAAUACUGAAUUAUUUGUUGGUAUC